GGAAAUCUCUGGAAACAGGGUUAAGGAAGAGGACACCAUAAGCUCUGUCCUCCUGUCCUUUCUUCCUACACCAUGUGGAAGAACAGACAGGCUCUGCCAUGUCUCAUUUUAGUUCUUCUUGUCUUUCUGCCUUCUGCAUCCUCAUUCCAUUCAGAUCCGAAGUAUAUGGUGCUGGUCCCUUCCCAGCUCCACACUGAGACCCCUGAGAAAAUCUGCCUCCAUCUAUACCAUCUGAAUGAAACAGUGACGGUCAGAGCCACCUUGCAGUCCAGCUGGGGAAACAGAAGCCUGUUCAAUGAGCUUGUGGUCGACAAGGACUUGUUCCGCUGUGUUUCCUUUACUCUCCCCAGACUUUCUCUUUCUGAGGAGAAGGUGUCCCUCUCUGUCCACACCAAAGGGCCAACACAUGAAUUCAGCAAAAAGACGGUGGUGCUGGUGAAGAACAAAGAAAGCGUUGUCUUUCUCCAGACAGACAAACCAGUGUACAAGCCAGGACAGUCAGUCAACUUUAGGGUUGUCUCUGUGGAUAAAAAUCUACACCCCCUGCGUGAGUUGUUUCCUGUGGUUUACAUUGAGGAUCCAAAAACGAACCGAAUUAUGCAGUGGCAGAAUAUCAACACAGAGAAUGGGCUUAAGCAACUGUCCUUCAGUCUGUCUCUGGAGCCCAUUCUGGGCUCCUACAAGAUAGUGAUACAAAAACAAACAGGAGUGAAGAAAGAGCACUCCUUCACCGUGGAAGAAUUCGUGCUUCCCAGAUUUGAAGUUCAAGUAAAGGUCCCAAAGGCCAUCUCUGUGCAAGAUGAAAAAAUAAAUGUAACAGCAUGUGCAGUAUAUACCUAUGGGAAGCCUGUCCCAGGACAUGCAAAGAUAAGUAUAUGCCGUAAAUAUCUGUACUUGGGCGUUGAGAGAGAGACUGGAUGCAAAGAAGUCAGUUACCAGCUAGACAAAAAUGGCUGCAUCACACAAGAAGAAGACAUCACUGUGUUCCAAUUAAAGGAAAAAUAUUAUGGCAUGCAGCAUCUUCAUGUGAAUGCAAAUGUUAUAGAAGAAGGGACAGGAUUCGAGUUCAGUGGAUCUGGAACAACUAAAAUUGAAAGAACCACAACCAAACUUGUAUUUGUGAAAGUGGAGUCACACUUUAGACCUGGGAUUCCAUUCCUUAUGAAAGUUCGCUUAGUGGAUGUCCAGGACGUUCCUCUCCCAAAUGAAAAAGUCUUCAUCAAACCACAUGAAGCUGAUAUCAGUGCUGCUAUCACUGAUCAACACGGCCUGGCAGAAUUCUCCAUCAACACCACCAGCAUUGAGAGUUCUUCCCUCACUAUCAAA